AUUAUUUUUAAUAUUUCAGCAGUGAAAUUUAAAAUUCAGGAUUCGAAUCAUGCAACGUUCAUCGAUUAGGUUCGUACGAGGCUUGUCCGGGCGAUCGAGUGCAUCGCAACUGCUUGUUGUCAGGCCUAAUAUUGCGUGCUCCCAAAAGCUGGGAUUUGCUAAGGACAGUGGAGAGAAAACGGCGUUGGAAUCGCGAUCCGGAAACACGAUGAGCAGUGCCGCAGCCUUAAAAAGGGACAUGACUGUGCCACGGCGAAUGGUGCGCGAGGACAACAUGUGGACCGAUCCACAGUACAUGGAUACUAGGUGGCUGCGUCCCCGCGAUCCUCGACGCUACAAGCCGGACUUUGCCCAGACCGAGCCGCAUUCGUUGCGCAUCCAGUUUAUGCGCAGCCCCGACGAGCGUACUCGAAAUGCGAUGGGACGCGACUGGGAGGCACUGAAGCGCGUCGCUGAAGGUAGAAGGCGCCAGAGCAUCUCAGCCAAUCUAAAGCAGGAACAGAACUUUGUUAAUAUGGGGUCUAACAAGGAACUGGGUCACCCGCAGAAAUGAGCCAUGCGUUAGCGACCAAUUGGCAAAAAGUAGACCGCAGUAGAUCGGACAUAUCGAAUUUAUCUCGAACUGUAGAUAUAAUAAUUAAUCAAUUUAACCCGCAUUUGCGUGCACCCAGUAUCCGGCCGUUCCAAUCGAUAUCUAUAUUUUUGCCAAGAUUGUUUCCGAAUGAAAAAACUAAACGGAACACCAGUGUAAUGCGGACGAAAAAUGGUGAAAGCCCAGGGGAUGUAUACAGGUAGUAGUUUUUAUUUGGACCUAUUUCAAACAGUCGUUGACCAGCUCCCUGUACAACUCUGAUCCGGUAUCACUAUUUGAAUCCUAAAUCGGACGGCAAUUUUUUAAUAUUACUAU